CCACAGUACUCAUGCAACCAAGUUUUAGAACUUCUCUUCAACCAUUCUUCUAUAUGUCUCGUAAUUUGAAGUGAUCAUUGAAAUAAACAACAAUGGCCAAUUCCAUGAGUUUUCUCCUACUUCUUUCUUUACUAGCCUUUGCUCCUUUGUGCCUUUGUCAUAAUAACGUAGAGGGUUACCUCUACCCUCAGUUUUAUGACUAUUCAUGCCCUCAAGCUCAGAAUAUUGUCAAGUCCAUCCUUGCCAAGUAUGUUGUAGAGCAACCCCGAUUGGCAGCUUCAAUUCUCAGGCUUCAUUUCCAUGAUUGUUUUGUCAAGGGUUGUGAUGCUUCAUUGUUGUUAGAUAGCAAUGGAGGCAUCAUCAGUGAGAAGGGGUCAAAUCCCAACCGUAAUUCAGCUAGAGGAUUUGAAGUCAUUGAUGAAAUUAAAGCUGCACUUGAGAGAGAAUGCCCUUCUACAGUGUCUUGUGCUGAUAUCUUGACUCUUGCUGCAAGAGAUUCUGUUGUUCUUACUGGUGGACCAAGCUGGGAAGUACCUUUAGGCAGAAGGGACUCUCGAGAUGCAAGCAUAAGUGGCUCCAACAACAACAUUCCAGCUCCAAACAACACAUUCCAAACCAUCCUAACCAAAUUCAAGCUUCAGGGCCUUGACCUUGUUGAUCUUGUUGCUCUAUCAGGUGGCCAUACCAUAGGAAAUGCCAGGUGCACCACCUUCAGGCAAAGACUCUAUAACCAAAGUGGCAAUGGGGAGCCAGAUUCCACUCUUAACCAAUACUAUGCUGCAUAUUUGAGAACUAGAUGUCCAACAUCAGGGGGUGACCAGAAUCUGUUCUUCCUAGACUAUGCCACCCCAUAUAAAUUCGACAACAGCUACUUCAAGAACCUCUUAGCUUACAAGGGUCUCUUAAAUUCUGACCAAGUCCUCUUCACAAUGAACCAAGAAUCAGCAGAGUUAGUGAAGUUGUAUGCUGAAAGAAACGACAUCUUCUUUGAACAAUUUGCCAAGUCCAUGGUCAAGAUGGGAAACAUAUCUCCUUUGAGGGGUCCAAGGGGAGAGAUCAGAGAGAAUUGUCGCAAGAUUAAUGCUUGAAGAAGCAAUAUCAUUGCCUACAUUAAGUUACUUGACAACAUUAUUUUUUUUGUUUCUUUUGUUUGUGCUGAAAGUAAUAAAAGCAGAGUUCGCCAUUGGCGGUGUGUGCUCUGGAGGCGUUUUAUUUAGGCUUUAGAUAACAUAAUUGUGUGUGUUUCAAGAAAUUUGUGUAUUUCAAUAUAUUUCUAAACAAGUGAUUAUUUGUCAGUA